AUAAAACUCGUUCUAUUCUUUGUUUACUUCACUUCCUCAUCAAUUUCCAACAAACACCAUUUUAUUUCUACUUUGAAACUCCACAUUUUAAAGUAAUUGUUGAAAGAAUCAAAGUUUCAACAAAGGAGGAGCAGGCAAGGUAAAGCUUUUUUUGUUUGGUUUAGAUAGGGAAAUGGAACAAAAGGGGAUAUUGCUGUCAGCUUUAAGUGUUGGGGUCGGUGUUGGGGUCGGUCUCAGAUUAGCUUCAGGGCAAACGUUGAGCAAAUGGUCCGGAAAAUCUUGUUCAGAUGACGGUAUUACAGGGGAGCUGAUUGAGCAAGAACUCAUGAGACUGAUUGUUGAUGGAAAGCUUAGCAACGUCGCCUUUGAUGACUUCCCUUAUUACCUUAGUGAUAAAACUUGGUCGUUAUUGACGAGUGCCGCAUACGUUCAACUCAAACACAGCGAUGUUUCUCGGCACACGCGGAACCUUUCGCCUGUCAGCAGGGCUAUCUUGCUCUCAGGACCUGCUGAACUGUACCAGCAAAUGCUUGCCAAGGCUUUGGCGCAUUACUUCGAAUCGAAGCUACUACUUCUUGACAUUACUGAUUUUUCUUUCAAGAUGCAGAGCAAAUACGGUUGUACCAAGAGGGAACCUUCUUUCACGAGGUCCAUUUCAGAGACGACUUUAGAGCGAAUGAACAGCUUGUUCGGUUCCUUUUCACUCCGUUCGUCGAGAGAAGAAACGAGUGGCACCUUACAUCGACAGGGUAGUUCUAACGAUAUUAUGUCUUCGACCGGUGCUCCCAUAAAUUCAGCAUCGAACAAACGGACCGGUUGGUGUUUUGAUGAGAAAUUUUUUCUACAAUCACUUUACAAGGUACUGAUUUCAGUAUCCGAUACCGGUUCCAUCAUCUUAUACCUGAGGGACGUCGACAAGCUCCUCCUCCAAUCAGAACGCUUAUAUGAUCUGUUCCGAAAGUUUUUAGAUAAACUUUCGGGUCCGGUGUUGGUACUUGGUUCCAGGAUGUUGGAACCGGAAGAUGAUUGCAGGGAGGUGGACGAGAGGCUCUCGAUAUUGUUCCCGUACAAUGUCGAGAUAAAACCACCCGAAGAUGAAAGUCGUCUCGAUGGCUGGAAAGCCAAACUGGAAGAGGACAAGAAGACACUCCAAAUUCAAGAUAACAGAAACCACAUUGCUGAGGUGCUUGCAGCGAAUGACCUUGAAUGUGAUGAUUUAGUCUCUAUCUGUCAAGCAGACACUAUGGUAUUAAGUAAUUAUAUUCAAGAAAUUGUGGUAUCAGCAAUAUCUUAUCACUUGAUGAACAAUAAGGAUCCCGAGUACCGAAACGGAAAGCUUGUUAUAUCAUCUGAGAGCUUGUCCCAUGGACUCAACAUAUUCCAGGAAGGAAGUUGUGGGAAAGAUACCUUAAAAUUGGAGGCAAAUGCGGAUUCUCGAAAGGAAAAUGAAGGUGAAGAGACUGUAAAUGAAAAAUGUGAACCGAAAUCGGACGCUCCUGCUAUGAAGAAGGAUGGAGAGAACCCACCUGCACCAAAAGCUGAAGUUCCGCCUGAUAAUGAGUUCGAGAAAAGAAUAAGACCCGAGGUUAUCCCUGCAAAUGAGAUCGGAGUGACAUUUGCCGAUAUCGGUGCUUUGAAUGAGACCAAAGAAUCACUUCAGGAGCUCGUAAUGCUCCCGCUGCGAAGGCCGGAUCUCUUCAACGGAGGGCUUCUCAAGCCUUGCAAAGGUAUCUUACUCUUCGGCCCUCCUGGAACUGGGAAAACAAUGCUUGCAAAAGCCAUUGCGAAUGAAGCCGGAGCUAGUUUCAUUAACGUCUCGAUGUCCACCAUUACGUCGAAAUGGUUCGGAGAAGACGAAAAGAACGUUCGAGCUUUAUUUACACUAGCAGCAAAGGUGGCACCGACAAUCAUUUUUGUGGAUGAGGUUGAUAGCAUGCUGGGGCAGAGGACUAGAGUUGGGGAACACGAGGCAAUGAGGAAAAUUAAGAAUGAGUUCAUGACACAUUGGGAUGGCCUACUGACUAAAGCCGGUGAGCGAAUUCUUGUCCUUGCUGCAACCAACAGACCAUUUGAUCUCGAUGAAGCAAUAAUUAGGCGGUUCGAACGCAGAAUUAUGGUUGGCCUUCCAUCCGUUGAGAGCAGGGAAAUGAUCUUGAGAACUCUAAUGGCGAAAGAGAAAGUCGAAAACCUGGACUUCAAGGAGCUUGCAACCAUGACAGAGGGAUACAGUGGGAGUGAUCUCAAGAACUUGUGUGUCACGGCAGCUUAUCGCCCUGUUCGAGAAUUGAUACAGCAGGAGAGGUUGAAAGAUCAGGAAAAGAAGAGGAGAGAAGAAGCAGGCAAAAGCACUGAAAAUGUUUCAGAGACAAAAGAAGAGAAUAAGGAGGAAAGAGUUAUAAAUUUGAGGCCUUUAAAUAUGGAAGACAUGAGACAAGCUAAGAAUCAGGUCGCUGCCAGCUUUGCAUCUGAAGGAUCGGUAAUGGCAGAGUUGAAGCAAUGGAAUGAACUAUAUGGAGAAGGAGGUUCAAGGAAGAAACAACAAUUAACUUACUUCCUCUAGAUUCGUGGAAAGCAAAGGUUGUUUACGAAAUCAAUACAAUAAAACGGUCUUGCCGAAGCAGCCCCUUCAACGGAAACAGAAGCAUUCCCACUCCUGGUCACACACGACAUAGCAUCGAGAUCGAAAGCUUGGUAUCUGGCAUUUGCACAUCACGUUUCGAACAGGGUUCUUUGGCAAUCAAAAUCUUCGUCUAUUUUCGCUGUGUUAAUGUGAAAGUACGUAGUAAGUAUUGGGAAAUGCCUAGGGAAUAUGGGUUUGAGUUCUCUGUGUACUGUUUGACAUUUCUGUAGAUUAGAGUAUAAUUAUAUUGUCUGUUGUAGUAUUAUGUACGACUAUAUCGUAUAAUCUUAAUAGAAUAUUUUAUUUUCCUGU